UUAAAUCGAAGAAGUGUUGCAGUUUUAAAUUCACUAAAUUUUUUAAUCGGCCUGGACGAUUUGAUAGUUGUAAUACUAGUUGGUAUAUUUUUGAGUUAUCUAGUAGAACUAAAAAAUUCUGUUGCGUAAAUAAGAACACCACUGAGUAAACUCGUUGUGGGUAAUUCGCUUGAUUAUUAGACAAUUCGAGGGCAUGAAGUUCUUUGAUUUGAAGGACCAAUCGGCAGCGAUGCCGUUCGGGUUACGUUUGCUGGAAAUCGCAGGACUUUGUCGCAGUCAAACCCGGCAGAUGCGAUUCUUGGGUCUAACAGUGUGGGCCCUAGUGAUGGUGGUAAUUCCCAAAGUGGUUUUCGGUUACCGUGAUCACAUCGAUUUGAAGAUCCGUGGCCUGUCCGAACUGGUGUUCCAGUUACAUCAAAUCAGCAGGAUAGUGAUAGUCUACUUGCAAAUGUCACACCUUGAAGAAGUGGUUAAAAUCGUUGAAAAAACUUUCACUAAAGUCCGUGCUGCAAAUUUGGAUUUUGAGAUGAACGCCUUGGUGGAUAGUGCUAAUCAUAAAAUCGAUAAACGUACGAAAAUGUAUGCCAUUUACUGUUUUAUGGCGGUGAAUGUGUUUCUCUACAGCCCGGUGCUGCAAACGGUUACGUUUUAUUUCAUCAACCAAAGUCGCAACGAAACCGAAAAAAUUGAAUAUGUAACUUCAAUGGAGCUCGAAUUUUGCGGUUUGAAUGUUCGCGAAAACCUAUUUCAUUAUGCAAUUUUUGAAUUCUGCAUUGGCAUCGUUCAUUAUUAUACCUCAGCCUCAUUUGCGUUGUUUGGAAUUGUCAUUUACUGUCCAACAGUUUACAUAAUAUUGAUAUUCCGAAUGGUCUCGAAGCGGUUAGAAAAGCUACGUCGCCUCUCUGGGGUGAAUCAGCAAAAGGAAGUGUCCAACCUAGUCGAUCUACAUCUGGAUGGGUUAAGAUGCGUGCACUAUAUGGAGAGUAUUGUUGCCGUUCCAAUGGUUUUGCAAAUAGUUGCGUUCGUACUUAUCCUUUCGUCCAUGGUUUUGUACAUAAGAAAUAAUCUCGAUUUGAAUGCCAUUUCACUGCUCGUUUUAUUGAUCGUUGUAACUGCAGAAACUUACACAAUAUGUCAUUUAACUACAAAUCUCUCAGAAGAGAGUUUCGCCGUGGCGAAAGCGAUUUACAAUAGUACCGAUUGGUACCAGCUACCAAUUGAUAGUCAGAAAGCACUCUCUCUAAUGCUACUCCGAGGUCAGAAGCGGGAAGGUGUAACAGCGGCCAAGUUUUGCUUUAUGGAUAUCGAGCGAUUUGGCAAGGUGGUACAGACAUCCUAUUCGAUUUACGUCAUGCUUAAGGAUCAUCUGUAAGCGGCGAAACAUCGUGUUUCAACUUACUGCGUUGAAAGUUAGAAUGAUCUAAAAACACAACAGAUUAAUAGAGAAUUUUUGAUUUGAA